AUGGUGUACCCAGAACCCAACCCACCACAUUACAGCCCCAGAAAAAUUCAGAUCACUUUAGAUUACCUGGCUCAAAACUUCAUUGCUGCUAGUGUGCCAGGAAAUGCUACUUUGAUCACAGUGCUAGCCAAAAUACCAGGAGGCUUGUAUCAGGUGUUGUUGUCCCUGGCCACAUUGAUUUUCCAAGAACAUCGAGCACAUGACCAGCAGCGCCACCUGCAAGCGUAUCGACUGUUUGUCAACAUGUUGCUGAAGGAGUUAGAUGGUGGACUGGAGGGAGGCUGGGCUUCCGUCAUACGGGAAAUUAUCAACAGGCUGCUCAUCAUCCUAAUAGACAGAACACACAGAGCCGCAAUGACUACUCCCAGCUAUGAGGAAGAUGUGGUUUUAACUACUCUGGACAUUCUGCACAAACUUUGUUCGUCUGCUUUAACGACUUGCCCUGAGGAGAUGACAAACUAUAUUCACCGAAUCAUCGACGCUGUAGCUGACACAGUAACCUUGAGUGAAAACAUCUGCAACUCAGCGACAGAAUUUCUCAGCAGUCUUUUAUCGGCGUCGGUUAAUGAUGUUGAAGAUUUGGCCAAGGCCAUGAGAAUUCUCAAUCCUCUGCCAGAUGCUCCAGGCCUUUCACUUUUGAGGGCCCAGCUGGAGCAGAGAAGUACAGGCUGCAAACAGACUCUUAAAGUGAAACUGAAAAACUUGUUGGAAGUGUGUCUCCUCAUGUCCCACAACCCAUCACAAGGUCUAGCCAUCAGGCUGAGCCAUUUGGCCACCUAUCUAGCCCACAGACAUGGAGAGGUUCAGGAGCUGGUCAAAACCUCAAAAGGACUUCUAAUUUUGAAGAAGGUUCUGCAUGAACUGAUAAAAAUGGCAAAAUCCCAGCACCAGGAAGUGGCUGCAGCGUCUGCAGCUUGCCUUGGAGCCAUUGGUCCCAUAGAUCUACAGAGCUUGUCAUUCCCACGCCAGCAGGUGGAAACCAGUCAUGUUGUAGCUGCAGAGGCAUUUAAAAAUCACAGCUAUGGAAAAUACUGCUGGCUGUUUCAUGCUUUAGAUUGUUGUCUGCUGGAUAGAAG